ACAGUUGUUUACGACCGGCGAUCAGCUGAUUAUUAGACCAGGGAUACCCACACCCGCAUAUAUCGAUAUAAAUUUCGAAAUAAUCGUCGUUGACGCCGAAAAUAUUUAUAGACUAUCCACCAAGACGCCACACCCUCUCCGUUUGUUCGAUUAUCUGAGGUAAUCAUGAUAAUUCAAAUAAAAUGUCUUUAUUUGUGAUAUUGCUCCGGAUCUGGAUGCAAUCGGAGGAACGGAUAGAAGGUGACAGGGAAAACAAUUCAUUUCACUCCAUUGUCUUCCUAGCCAACAUUCCUCUCGUGUCUUAACACGUGUUAGCAGCCAGGAACGAUACUCUGAACUCGAUGGAAACUUCGACAGCUAAUUUUAGUCACGGUUUUCCGUCACAAACGUUCUGUGCGUGCCAGAAGCUACAUCGUGAACCACCUUCAGUUCCUCCAGAUAUUCGUGAUGGAAAAAAAUAGAAGGGAAUCACUGGGACAAUUUCACAGUUCCAUCUACAAUACUGCAAAUACAGAAUUCUUCAUGAGAGAAUUUAAGAAACAUUCUAAAGCUGGAGACAGACAUGGAAUGGUAGAGAUGAUAUUGCAGUUAGAUCGGGUUUCGAAUACAGACGUUACUGGGUUCUUUACUCCAAAGAAUAAUGAAGAAGCUGAAAGAAUAUUCAAUGACGUUAAUUCUACGGCAGAAGGUGCAGGAAAGAUUUCCAAUUUAUGCAAAAUUGAUCUUCUGACGAAGGCACUCUUUGCAGCUGAGACUGACAGCCUCUUUGCCAUACAGAUCAUUAUAGCGCGAGCUAAAUAUGAAUUCAGCGUACGAUCGUAUCAGAAAUGCUAUAGAGAUUGUAAUUAUGCGAUGCAAAUGCUUGUCAGCUUAGAAAGCUCAAGAGUCCUGAAUGAAUUGGAAACAGAGAAGAUGAAGACGAUGUGUAAUUUAUUGAAGUCUCAGUGUUUGAAGCAGAUGAAAAAAAAUAGUAAGCAAUCUCCUGAGGCAAAUGAAAAGAAACUCCCCAAAGUCGAUGGGAAAGCCAACAGACAGCUCAAAAGCUGCAGUGAUACAGUUGCAUUAAUCCACGAAGAUGUUAGAGGCAGACACUUAAUCGCAACGAAGAACAUCAAAGCAGGUAGUGUUCUGAUUGUUGAUGAGCCUUUUUCCUUUAGCACUGACGAAGCAGCACUCUCGACCAAUUGUCUUCACUGUCACUCGUCCCUUCAGGGGAGUCAAAAUAUUACAGUACCUUGUGGAAACUGUCAGACUGUUUCGUUCUGCUCAGAGGAAUGCCGAACAAAUGCCUGGAGUAGUUACCACAAAUACGAAUGCAUGAUUUUUGAUAAUUUUUUGGAAAGAUCAAGGACUUGUGAUCAAAAAUCUCACGUAUUACUCGCCUAUAGAACAACAAUAGCAAAGGCAAUUACCAAGAACUCAAAUUCACUUGAUGCUGAAUUUUUGUGCUACCAAGACGCUAAAUGUGAGGAUGCGAGGAAGUCCCUAGAGAUUGAUAUAAAGAGUGACUUUUAUGAUCCCCUGGAUUAUAGAACAAUAUUUUCCUUAGAGACGCAUUGUGAAAAGGCAGAUGCAAAGGUCAAUCUGUCACGCUCUAUAAAGUCAGUAUACCUGGCGAAAUGCUUGGCUUUUGUAUUGAUGGAGGUUGAUGAGAGGAAUAGAGAGACCAUUGGACAGAGAGAAAUUGUACUGCUGGCAGUGGCUAUGAUGAGACACAUGCAAGCGGUCGAUUGUAAUGCUUACGAGAUUGUUGAGAAUUUUAGGGACCGCAAUACGAGGACAUGGGAACCACGUAAUGUGGGAGGUGCUAUUUAUAGCUCUGUCAGUCUUGUCAAUCACAGCUGUUAUCCAAAUGUAGUCCGGCAUUCGUAUCCUGGAGGAAAAGUUGUUGUUCGAUCUUUGCGAUUCAUUGAGAAGGGCGCCGAGUUGUUAGACUGCUAUGGUCCCCACUUCAUCAUCGACUCACAGCAACUUCGUCAACAGUAUUUGGCGGAGAAAUAUCAUUUUAUUUGCAAGUGCGAACCAUGCAAAUUCGAUUGGAAGUUUCCAUUUCCUGAUGAAAUUACCUUCCGAUGUACAUCAUGCGGAAAUUCAUUGGAUUCACUCCAUUCAAAGUGUACUAAAUGCUCUCAGAAAUUUGAUAUCAGAAAAUUACGCUCUCAGCUGGAAAAGUCAACGAAGAAAAGAAUUCUAGCAGUUGGAAAAAUGUACGACGGAUAUUACAUCGAUGCACUUCCAUUAUUACUAGAGCAUUCCGGCUUUCUUGAUAAAACCCUGAUGGCACCGAGCCUCGAGGCCAUCAAAACUCAACAGUCGAUUAUUCAAUGUUUUAACAGCUUGUCAAAUAUUUAUAACAAUGAAGUUAUUACAACUAUCGAGUGAGAAUUAAUAGAAUUGCAUCGAUUUGCCACGUGAAGAAAUGAAUUCACGCCAGAUUAUGGUUCAGAGAUAAAACCACUUUCAUUCAAUCCAGUACAUUGUUAUUUCCUAUAUGUUUUAAUGUAAAAUUUCAAUUGUAUGCAGCGUUAAUAAAUUCGUUAAAAAAAUCUAAUUG